UGUUGUAAUGCCGGAGGCUAUGUAUGCAAACCCAAAUCCCGGCGCCAAGGUGGAAAAUUAUGUCCUACAACAUCAACGUCAAUUUGAAGAUCACAUUAAGGAUUUAGAUGAUCAACUGGAGGAUAUGCGUAGUAAUUUCAAUAUGCGUUUAGAUGUUGUGGAAUAUUACAAUGUCGUGGUGGAUGUGAAACUGGGGGAGUUACAAAAUAAAUUGGAUCCCAUGGAAAUGUUGGGUGAUGUCAAUGAUUAUUGUGUGGAAAAAUAUCGUGGUAAAAUACCAGCGGAGGGUACAAUUAAGGAAACGUUGAAAACUUGCAUUAACAAGGCAAAAACUUCAUUUACGCCACUGCUGACCAGCCCUGAAAAUACCCUGAAAAAUAUUAAAAAUCAUUACAACAAUCAAUUCACCAAUGCCAUGAAGGAAUGCAAAAGGAAGUUUGAGAAAAAUGAAUCGAAAUAUCAGAAUUGUGCUGCUACUGGGAUUAAAACAACCAGCAAUUAUUUCACCACCAAUACCAACACCUUCCUCAAUCAAAUGACCACAGUCGAGUGUAAUGCUAACACAAAAAUAGAUGAAGCUUUCGAUUGCUAUUCAUCGAAUGUCUAUCAGACUUUCACAUCAAUUGGUGAAGUGACGGGCCUCAUAGAGAAUUGUGUUGCCGGACAUGAAUUCUGUCCGCCAUGUAACAAUGAAGAUUUAGAUGCAGUCAAAGGACGCUGUCCAUACCAAAUGGCAUGGCAUUUGGCCGAUGAUGACUUGACGGGUGAUAAAAUUGUUAAUCCCUUUAAGGGUAUCAAUAGUACGACGCCAUGUUUACAGGUUAAUUUUAUAACUAAAAAUUUUGGUGUUAAAUUGAAAUAG